AAACCACCCAAUUUACAUAAAGUUACCCCCAAUUUACAGAACACAAAUUCUAGGGUUCAUACUUCAUACUCAAACAAAUACUCCAAACACAAACCUUUAAUUCUCUUACAACCUUAACAAUGCUAGGAGGAUUGUACGGAGAUCUGCCACCUCCAUCAUCAACAACUGACGAAACUAAAAGCCAAUCGAACCCCACUUCCAAUGUCUGGUCCUCCACCGUCAAAAUGGCCCCACCCACUCUCCGCAAGCCCUCCUCUGUUUUCGCCUCCCCCAGCGUGCUCCAGAAGGCCCAGGCCAAGUCCAAGCCCUCUGCUUCCAAGCCUGCGAUGAGUGUGAGUGUUUCGACGCCAGUUGUGGCUGUGGUGGGGAGAGAGCAGGCUCUUGUUGGCGUUACGGCCUCGGUGGUGGAGGAGUAUGAUCCGGCUAGGCCGAAUGAUUACGAGGAGUAUAGGAGGGAGAAGAGGGAGAGAGAGAAGGAGAUUAGGGUGAAGAGGGAGCUGGAUAGGAGGAGGGUGGAGGAGGAGGAGAGGGAGAGGAGGGAGAGGGAGGAGAGAGAGAGGGAGAGGGAGAGGGAGGUGGGGGUUUCGGGGGAGGAGGCGUGGAAGAGGAGGGCGGCGAUGAGUGGGGGGAGUGUGGGGAGGGAGAGGGAGAGAGAGAGGGAGGAUUCGCCGACGGGGAGUGGGGAUGGGUUUUUGAUUGGGAAGUCGGAGACGGGAGGGUUGGGAGUGGGGGCGGGGGGGCAGAUGACGGCGGCACAGAGGAUGAUGGCGAAGAUGGGGUGGAAGCAGGGGCAGGGGUUGGGGAAACAGGAGCAAGGGAUCACCACGCCUUUGGUGGCUAAGAAGACGGAUAGGAGAGCUGGGGUUAUUGUGAAUGCUAGUGAGAAACAGGAGAAGGAGAAGAAGGUUAAGAGUGUUAAUAUUAAUGGGACGCCGACCAGGGUCGUGUUGCUUAGGAAUAUGGUGGGUCCUGGUGAGGUUGAUGAUGAUCUAGAAGGGGAGGUAGCUUCAGAGUGUGCGAAGUAUGGAAAUGUGACCAGGGUCCUAAUAUUUGAGAUUACAGAGCCAAACUUCCCAACAGAUGAAGCAGUCAGAAUAUUCGUGCAGUUUGAGAGAGAAGGAGAAGCAACAAAAGCACUUAUUGAUCUUGAAGGUCGCUUCUUUGGGGGUAGGGUGGUGCGGGCCUCCUUCUAUGAGGAGGAUAGGUUUAACAAAAAUGAGCUGGCUCCGAUGCCUGGGGAGAUUCCUGGUUUCACUUGAUUAAUGAUAAAUCAAUAUAAAUCGGCCGUCUGGGAUUACAAAAAUAAUCAUUAGGAGUUUGUAGCAAAACCUUUUCUGUUUUGUCUGAUAAAAUUUAUGUAUUUGGGCAUGAGAUAUGUUUUUCAAAAAAAAAAAAAAAUGGAACUUCAAAUCUUUAAACUUGUAGACUACAGUUUCAUAAAGUUACCAGAGUAUACAUGCAUU